AUGGAUCAGCCACACUCAGUAGUGAUGUAUUUUCUGAUCUUGUCUGUCGGUAUGAGGAUUGAAGAGGGAAUAUGCCAGCACUACUACCUUCUCCGGCCAAUUCCCAGUGACAGUUUGCCACUCGUGGAAUUAAAAGAGGAUCCAGAUCCUAUCUUCGAUCCCCGAGAGAAGGAUCUUAAUGAGACCGAGCUAAAAAGCGUUCUCGGUGACUUUGACAAUCGUUUCAUGUCCAUCACUCCCCCGCAGGAUAGAUACAUGGGGAACGAUGAGCUGGAUGAAUUGGACGCUCAGCAGAGUCCCACGGGAGUGAUGCCCAGAGAAAUCAAAGUCAUGGAUUUCGAUGUGCAAUUUGGCAAGAAACGCAAACCGAGUAAAAAACUCAAAAGACGGUUGCAGUUGUGGCUGUGGUCCUAUUCGUUCUGUCCAGUCGUGUACACAUGGAACGACCUUGGGAACAGAUUCUGGCCUCGCUUUGUGAGAGUCGGGAGCUGCUACAGCAAAAGGUCUUGUUCUGUCCCUGAGGGAAUGGUCUGUAAACCAGCCAAAUCUACUCAUAUCACGAUACUGAGGUGGCGAUGCCUGCAGAGAAAAGGUGGACUCAAAUGUGCUUGGAUAUCAGUGCAGUACCCCAUCAUAACUGAAUGCAAAUGUUCUUGCUCGAACUGA